UGUAUUGACGUCAUCAAAUCAGAAGGUCUUUUGGUUUCCCUCCUUUAUUCGGUGCCAUAAAAAUGGAAGCCUAGCCUAGGGCUUGCCAUCAUCUUGACGUUCCCCCAUACACAUUUUAAAAGACAAACUCUUGUGUUUAGGUUUGUGCCAGAUAUCAACGUCUCUUGUCCGACAGCACUGUCAAGCGUCAGGAACCAAAGUCUAGUGUCAACCAUCAAAGUCUAGUGUCAACCAUCAAAUUCUAGUGUCAGCCAUCAAAGCCUAGUGUCACCAUGGAACCAGAACCUUGUCUGAUUUUCACAGAACAAGUCAAAUACUAUGACAACCCCAUGGAAUGGCCGGCAUUGCAGCCCAUUCCCUACAAUGUCCAGUCUGGUCAACUGACUUGGCAGUGGCUGGAGUCUGGACGACUCAGAAGGCUAGGAAUACCUCACCGUGAGUCUAAGCACUGUAACAUCGUAUACAACAGUCAAGUGGCUAGUCUGAACAAAGUCAUGAAUCAGAAGCCAACAGACCGUCCACCCUGUAUCGAUGACCUCAUGGUCAACACCAAACGGUGGACAACCAACUCUCUGGCGCCAUUCUACACUCACCAGAAAAGAAUCUGUGGUUAUUUUUUCUCCAGGGAUACUGACCAUCGUCUGCACAAACACGGAAUCCCGCCAAGUGACCUUGUGGCAUGGAGAAGCACCUACGGAUCUAAAUGAUCCAGAAACUCAAAGAGAUUUAAAGAAAGGAAAAAAAGUACCUAAAGCAUUGGAUUCAAGCUAAAAGUAUUAUCGUAUCAAAUAUUUAUGGAAUAAACAAAAGCCCCAUACAA